CGGAGCAGUGUGUUUUGUUAAGCCAUCAGAUCUGCUUUUUGGAUGUCAGGAUUUCAGCCUUCUCUUAUGUUAGUGAUUGGGGUUGACUGAUGGCCUUGGUGUCAUAACAUCCUCAUGUAUACUGUUGCAGACAGAGAAAAUGAGGACAAGUGGAUUUGACUCAUCUGACGAAGAGGAUUUUGGAGAGGAGGAAGCCACACCUCUCCAGAUCUCAUGGUUGUCUCUAUCAGUAGUAGAGUGUUCCCAGUCUCUUGGAAUCUGUUCUUUACCAGGAUGCAGAUAUAAAGACACCAAAAGAAACCUGCAGAAAGAUGUUGCUGAGCUGUGUGAUCAGGGUGUGGAAGAUGUGUUUGUGUUCUGUACCAGAGGAGAGUUGGUGCUCUACAGAGUGCCCUGUCUGUUAGAGGUUUAUUCUCAGCGUGGGCUCAGAGUGCAUCACCUUCCUUUCCCAGACGGAGGCGCUCCAGAGCUUUCUCAGUGCUGCUGCAUACUGGAAGAACUACAGGACUGCCUGCAGAAUCAACGCAGGACUGUCAUACAUUGUUACGGAGGCCUGGGGCGGUCAGGAUUAAUUGCUGCAUGUUUGCUACUGCAACUCUCUGUCUCUAUGACGCCCAGUAAAGCUCUGGAAAUCCUGAGGGAGCUGAGAGGGGGUGGAGCCAUUCAGACCGUCAAGCAAUACAACUUCCUUCACGAGUUUCGGGAUAAGCUUGAAGCCUAUCAAGGAUCCAAAGAGCGUCUUUCAGAGAGAUCAGUGUCCAGAUGAUCCACCAGACAUACAGAUGAUGUGAAAGCAAAAUAAAUUAUGUUGAUUGGUGGC